AAGGCGACCAUUUCACGAUCCAACGGUGGAUUCGUGCGAAGGAAGGUCAAUCGUUUCUCUCGCGCGAAAGAUACAGCCCUUGUCCCAUUACGAAGCGUCAGAAAUGGUGUUGCCUUCUCGAGAAGGGUAGUUUGCUUUUGGGACCAGAGAAAAAAUUCCUCGAAGCCCUUCUCCCCUCCCGCCAUGGAAUGGUUCCAGGAUGUAUAUAACAAAGAAAAGACACUGUCUUCUGAGAAACCCAAGAGAAAGAUGAAGACUCCUGCACAGGUUGAGGCAUUAGAGAAGUUUUAUAAUGAGCACAAAUACCCCAGUGAAUCAAUGAAGUCACAGUUUGCAAAGCUAAUAGGAUUGUCAGAGAAGCAGGUCUCUGGAUGGUUCUGCCACAGAAGGUUGAAAGACAAGAAAAUAAUGGAAGGUGAAGUUUAUGCAAAUGGAAAACAUCACAAUGGUCUAGUACAUGAUCACGCGAGUGGACUUAGACAGGAAUCCUGCAGCAGUACCAAACAGGGGGAUAGGCAUUUUGAUCUGAAAGAAGUAGAAAGCAAAAGAUCUUUUGGCCGUAGUUCUUCAUCUGCUGUUCCUGCUUUUGAGCAGAGGGGUCGGCAGAUCAAUGUUGGAUGUUAUGCUAGUGCAGAUGAUAGAUGUUCAGGAAGUAGCUCAGCAUCUCAAGAAAGGUUGCAACAUCUGGGUGGGGAUCCUUGUGCUUUGGCAUCCUCAAGGCAUUCAUCCCGGGAUGGCAAUUACAUGUUGAUGAAUACAAGGGGUGUAAUGAGCAGUGGAUCUGUGAUGGAUUUCAGAUACUCAUAUUUAGAGGUUGAGAAUGUGCAUCCAACUAUUUCUUAUGUUAAGCAGAAAUUAGGAAGACAUUAUCGUGAAGAUGGUCCAGCUCUUCGUAUCAAUUUUGACACACUUCCACCUGGUGCAUUUGAUUCACCAAUUCAGGAUGCAAAUUUUGGUAAUUCAUGGAAUCAUUUUGAACCAUAUUAUGUGGGAGAUUCUAUGCACCAUUGUGCUAGCAGCAUCCCUUGGAUUCCCAAGGAAACUAAGGGUUAUGAUAAAUAUAGGAAUGAGAAACUUUCAAAUGGCUCGUAUCCAGAAGCAAUUGGCUUUAGAAAAAGCAUGCAGAGAUUUCUUGAUCAAGAUGGCUUGCCAGGCUACCAGUUAAACUCAAGGGCCUUGCUGACCAAGCAGAGUGAUUCUGUCGCAAAACAGACCUGUCUAGUGGAAAAGGUUGAAGAUUUUGCAGGCAAAGCUUCUGACUAUAACAGCCAUAGUAACGGAAGAUGUGCUAAGUACGGAACUAAAGAGGAUGAAAGUAGUUGCGGGCAUCGCUUUGAUAUAAAUGGUCAAAAAGCUUAUACCAACAAAGCAUUUCCUUAUAAUCAUUAUUACUACAGUUCUCAAGUAUCUCAGGGAGAAGAAUUCUUGGAAUCUAAGUUUUCAAAAUCAGCAUGUAAAAGCAAUGAUUUUCUUGAUACUGAGGAUGUAUUGAUGCCUAGGAGACCAGUGAAGAAGGAAAAGAUUUACAAAGAAAAGAUAGUUAGUGAAUGUUCUAUUCCUGUGCAACCCAAAAUGCUAAUGGAGAUGGGCAGGAAGGUGAAUGGCCUACAAUUUCAACAGCAGGAUUAUGGAACAAAAAGUUUUGAGAAAUUUUCACGGAGAAAACCAGUCAUAAGGUAUAAUGGAGACAAGGCAACUAGUUUAAGUGAGGACGAAACUGGCGGCACCACCUUGUCCAUAGACUAAGAAGAGUGGCAUCAUUGUCGUGAAAGAUCAAGAAGCUAAACCUGUAAAGGGUACAAAGGAACAGGCAUUGGACAUGCGCUACAUACUUGGAUACUGGAUAGGCAUGGUUGCCUCAGAAAGCUGCAUUUGAUUUUCAAGUGUUGGGACUUAGGCCACCCAUUUCAAGAAAACUGUUGUACAGAUAUACUCCCAGAAGUUGCUUAUGAAAAAUCUGUUAUUAGAGGAACUUUCAGCCAAAAUCCUGUGACUUUGAUCUAUGCUCUCUUCUCUGGUCCUAGAAUGACUCGUAAUGUGGACCCCCUCAGAGCCUUGUGGAGGAGCUAUGUUGGUCUUCUGUUGUAAAAAGCUUCCGAAGUCAUUUGAGAUGCUCUGUAAUUUUGUAUAUUUGUCCAGUAGAUGCAGGAGCUUUAUCUGUAAGUAGAAAAGUAGCAGCAGCAUUUGCAUUUGUUUGUAGGUGUAGCAUCGUAGAUGUGGAAAGGCUUUUAAGAUUGACUUGAAGGAUGAAAGUAGAGCUAUUAAAUCUUGAGUUUGUUGAUCCGACUCAUGCUGCUGUGGUGCAUCUUGUAAAGGAUUUGUAAAGGAUGUAUACUUUCUCCAUA